UACUUUACUCGUAUCUGUUUCUCCACUGCUCUCCUUCUGUUUCCGGUUAUGGAGGUCUGCUGCUAGUGAGGCUUUUAAAACGCAUCUGGGCUCCAGCAGAGGAUACAUUUAAACCGGAGGGACAAAUUAGGAGAUAAUCGGACCAAAAUAAGUGAAGAUGCCUGUAGCUGUAGGUCCGUACGGCCAGACCCAGCCGAGCUGCUUUGAUCGGGUCAAGAUGGGCUUCAUGAUGGGGUUUGCAGUAGGAAUGGCGGCAGGCGCCAUGUUUGGUACCUUCUCUUGUCUCAGGAUCGGUAUGCGAGGCAGGGAGCUGAUGGGAGGCGUGGGGAAGACCAUGAUGCAGAGCGGAGGGACUUUCGGCACCUUCAUGGCCAUCGGAAUGGGCAUCCGCUGCUGAGGACUUCCUCCCCUUUCCUCCAACAACUGUACAGCCAUGGGACUUAUCAAACCGCAGCUCUCUGCCGGCUAUCUGUCGCCUUCUCAACCCGCACUCUAGUUUUUGUCAAUAAAAGUUCAGGUUUGUCCAAUCA